GUGGCCGCUCGGUCUCUUGGAUCUAUCUCGUCGCUUCAUGCGCGCUGUUAUGCCGUCGAAGGAUGCGUGCCGUUCGUUCGACCUGGACUACGAGACGGUCAAGCCACCCCGCUGGAUUCAGCCGCCCAGGCUUCUUGUCGGUGCUCCGGUCGGACCCUGCGUUUUCGCGCGGAGACGGUCAAGCCUUCGUCGAGCUCUCGUCAAGCUCAAAGAAGUCUACCCGUGCAAGGACUUUGACGUCCGCCGCAUCGCAAAGCUCUCACGUGCGGGGGACAGCCGGCCCGUGUACUGGGGCAUCCAGCUGGACCAGGACCUUCUGGAGACUAUAGUGUCCAUCUACCCAGAGUGGUUUAGGGACUACAACCUCGGCAUCAUGGCCGAACAGCAGCAGUCUCCCGCGACGUCCUCGUCUUCGGGCGGCGCCGGCGACGGGAGCGUCCCGUCGCCCCCCGCCCGCGUGGACGAGGCCUCCCUGCAGCAGGCCAUGGACCGGAACAAGGAGUCGCUGAAAGUGAAGCUCAUGCUUCGGCGGCCCAUCACUCAACUCGUGGAACAAGGCAUCAUGCCAUCUCUCAAGGCCUCUCCCGCAUUCCAUGAACAGAGGAAGAACCUCGAAAGGGCCAAGAUGGGGGACUACCUCAAGAACAAAAUUCAACGGAGGCCAGAUCGCCAGGAGCUCAUACAGCAGCAUAUUCUUGAAGACACCACGGUGGACCCGAGCCUUCAGGACAAGCAGCGGCAGUUGAAGAAGGCGCGGCUGGCCGACGGCCUCAACGACCGGCUCUCUCACCGGCCCGGACCCCUGGAGUUGGUCAAGGGCAACAUCCUGCAGACGGAUGCGACGUUCGCACAAGCCAUCAAGGAGGGCCAGAUUCCAUUCCGGCGGACGUGCGAAGGCGAGAGCCGGAAGCACCCGCCACCUCCGCAUUUCCUCAUCGACGAGGACAGCAAUGGAAGUGACCUGCUUGUGCCUUCCCCCGGCCAGGACUCCAACGACCAGUCACAGAGCAGUUUGCCGUCUAUAGACCUGUCGGAGUCGUCGUCAUCGUCCGGGACUUUGCACGAGGGCUCGCCGAGCUCGCUCUCCGCGGGAAGUCCACGGGCUUCGCCCCCGGUGGCGCCGGUCACGACGCAGCCGACACCCGUGGUCCAAGUGGCAACUGUUGCACCGACGACAGCGUCCUCGCUCUGCGCUUCGCAUCAGCUACAGCAGCAGGCCGUAGCCCCUCUAACGCCACAGCCAUCGCCGCUGCAGUCGUUUCUGAGCACCAACGCCACAGUGGUGACACCGUCGACAACGGUGUUCCUCACGGGGACGGCGGUGACUCCCGCGCAUCCGCAGCAGGCGGGCGGCGGCAAGGCGGCUCGCAAGAAGUCGAAGUCAAAGGCGCAGCCGAAGGCGCGCACCAUCAAAUUCCACGAGUACAAGGGUCCACCAAGCGCUCAAAAGAACCAGCCAGCCACGUCGACGUCGUCCGAGUCGUCGUACGAGCUCUUGCUCCAGCAGCAGCAGCUCUUCCUCCAGUGGCAGCUCGAGUGGCAGCAGAAGUACCCACAGAUCAUCCUGCCUGCCACUCAGAAGCCGGUGGUGUCGGAGGCAUCGCAGCCGGCGCCUGUACAACAGUUGGCGACCCCGCCCCCUCCGCCUCCUCCUCUGCCACCCACAGUCAGCUCGCCUCCCAUCGCCAUGGCGAUCACACCUGAGCUGCCACGUCAGCGGUCCAAACUGGAGGACAUGAAGGUCAGCGACCUGAAGGCGGAGCUGAAGCGCCGCAACCUGCCCGUGUCGGGGUCCAAGCCGCAGCUCAUCGAGAGGUUAAAGCCGUACUCGGACAUCGGCUCGGCGGGGACUCAGAGCAGCAGCUCGCCCUCGGACCAGCCGGUGUCCUCGGUGGAGGCGACGGACAUAUCGGACCUCUCCUCUCCGCAGUCCCCGUCGCUGGGGCUCUCCCUGGAUAUGCAUGAUGGCAACCCGCCGUCGGUGGUUCCGAUGGAGGUUGAUGGAAGCGGAGACCUGUUGAUGGGGCAGCAGGACUCUCCGGCGGUUAGCGCCUCCGAGACGGACCUGUCCGGCUCCGGCAUGGAGGAAGACCUCAUGAAAAUCCAGCAGAGGCGAAUCGAAGAGCUACAGCGCGAGCUCCAGAGGUCUCAGCUUCGGUUGCAGCAGCAGCAACAGCAGCAGGUGUCGACGCCGUACAGCCUGAAGAGCGCCACGCCGCCCAUCACCACGUUCACGCUCACCCUGUCCCCAUCGGGCCAGGCCGUGGUGACGUCGCAGCCGCAAACCACCAGCCUCCUGACGUCAGCCACCGUGGCGAGCACUGGUGCUGGCAUGGUCGCCGCUCCGGCUGCGGUUGCCGACGCAAAGUUGCUGCAGCGUCAGCUGUUGCAGCAGCAUCUUCAGAACAAGAUCCAGCAGCAACAGCAGCAGCAACAAGCUCAGCAACAGCAGCAGCAGCAGCAGCAGCAACUACAGAACCACCAGCAACCUCAUCAACCGAAUUGCGUGAACAGUCCGGGUCUCGCCACUAGCCUCGCCUCAUCGUCGCCGACUUCAGCGGCCGUGAAGGCUUCGCUGGCCAACUUCCUUCAGCAGCAGCAGCAACAUCAGCAACAGCAGCAGCAGCAGCAGCAGCAGCAAAGCCUGGCAGCAGCGCUGGUACUCACGAGCGACGCCAACAACAACCAUCAGUUGAGUGGCGAGCAGCAGCGCGGCGGAAGUGGCGCGCGUACCAUGGCCUACAGCCCGGCGAAACACGCAGCAACAAAGACGCCCAAUGGCCUCCAGUCUCGGCAAGCGGCAAGCUUUCCCUCGCUCUUGUCGCCCAAGACAGCUUCGCUGCCUGAGCCGUUCAUCCUGACCAAACAGCCACCAGACUACGACGAGGCGACCAAGCAUCUCAACAAGACGAGGCAGGCGCAGCAGAUGCUACCACUCAACAACCUAGCGCCUGCAAGCUCCAAGCCGAGCCGCCCUCGUUCAAUCAAGAGCAAGGAUGUGGACGACGUGCUCGAGAUUCUCAUCAAGAACGGAGAGUUGCCUCCGAGCGCCGCGCAAGAGCCACCGACACCCACAACACCGGGAACACCCAUCACCGACAUGAGUGGACUUCUCGCGUGUACGCCGCCUUCGUUUCCGACACCGCCGCCUUCGUCGGAGGGGACAACCGUGACACAGGGGGAACGGAACUCGCCUUCCUUGGCGCUGUCCGGCGACGGCGAGACGCCACCACCGUCGGCAUCCCUGGACUUCGACUUCCACCUGGACCUGGACGACUUCGAAGGCAUGGACCUCGGCAUGCUGACCGACAGCGGACCGGCCAAGAAUCAGGUUCCGCGAAACCACUACGCCGACGGCGGUGCGGACUUCUCGGACCCAGCACUGAGCAUGGAGAUCGAACUGUCCGACUGGCUGGACGUUAUGAUGCCCCAGACAACGACGUCGUCGUCGACGUCGGCCCUGCCCAACGGCCAAGUGUCCUCAUCCUCCGCAACUCCGUGCGCGACGGUGCUAUCAUCGGCCGCAGCGGCCCCAAACGCAACCCAGCACGACCCAUUGCUGUCGACGAACGCAUCCAUGGACGUUCAGGACCCGUUCGACCUGUUUGCGGUGAACGACGCGGACUUCCGGGCGUGGGACGACUUUCGGACUAGUUGGGACAGCGCGGACUUCAUCGCCUGACUGCCGCGGGACCGUAUGAGGCGGUUUGGAGCGCGGGAAUGGCCGGAAGGGCGCCCUCCUAACACGGAUUGCGAGAUGGUUUUUCCGCAUGCCGCUGUGCCAGUGCUGACUCUUGUCGGUGAACUGUCUUGCCACCGUGGAACACUUGCGCGUUUGUUGUCGGUAGGGAAAGAGAGAGACCAAACUUUUUUUUUUCACUUACAACAACAAAAUAGUUAAAAAGGCCGUCUCAGCGUCACGGACCAAGCACAACAAUCGAAACAACACAAAAAAAUGACUGAGUGCCAAGCUAAAGUGCCGACCGCUUUUUCCAAGACUUUAUUUUUGUCCUCGUUUGUUUCAUCCAUCUUGGCCCCGGAACAUCUCGUCACCUUCCCAGAUGCGAGAAAUCGGAUUCACAUCACGUUUGUGUCGUUUUCCAUCUUGCGGCGCAAGGAAAUGCUCACACCAAAACACGAAACAAUACACACGAGAAAUCGCAAACACCUGACAGUGUUCUGACGAUGCCCAGUCUUUUUAACAAACGGUUGAAAUACAACCUGCGUCCAGGCCAUUGCGUUAACAACUCACAAAAAAGCAACGUUGGCACUGUGGGUCGCUAGUGUUCAUGCGGACAUGACACAAGUACAAAUAGGCCCUCUAUCAUUUCGCGUCAUACGAUUGAUGAUGACCAUCAUCGAUCAUCCCCACCCUUCCCCACACCAGACAAAAGCUCACAACGGUAAUCGACGCUCGCUUCGACAUCACAGCUGCGAUCGUACGAUGUUUGCCAUCUGUCGCAAACGUCUCGCCAACUAUGACUUUGUUUCUUCGUGUACGGUCGAACCAUUUUACCACACAGUCGCAUCCGACGUAAACAUAACUCCCCGGCAUUUUCUUUGUAUCUGAUAUUCAUUUGAGCGUGCGCACUGCUGUCGGUGAAAGACGUAUUUGUGAUCGGAUCUUUGGCAAAAGGAAUAGCGAUUCUUUCGAAGGUCCAGCGAAGGAACUCCAGCAGAUCGAUCACUUGCUGGUGGAUCGUCGCGCCGGGAUUGGACACGUGAACGCUAAAACCGUGAAUGCUUUCUUUCAGCGUUCUCCAGAGCAACCUUGAAACGGGAUCGGUGCAUUGGCUUGUUGGCCGUCAGGUCCAACGAACCGAGCCAACGGCCAAAACACGGUUGUGAAUUCAGAAUGUAUGAUGGAGUUGCCUUUGUUGAGUUUUUGUGACAUUCUCACUACACCAGAAUUCAUUUCGUCGUAACCGAUAUUGUCUCGGGACUAUCGCGUUUAGUUUUGUUAUAGCAGUAGAAUACUCUGCGAACUUAAAGCAGCCAACUUCGGUUUGUAUUCUAAUCGUUACCUAUGUCCGAUUUGUUAUAUUCAUGUUCGUUAUCCAGAGGUUCAACUGUAGCUGUAUAUUUUUUUUUCUGUUUUUUCGAUAAGGGAUCAAAACGACUUGCUUCUGCAAAAAACCCGUUUCGGUAAGAAGAAAGAGGCAUGCGAUACAUAUCUCGCAGACUUUUGGAGGCGAUGUGACAGAGCCAGGGCUGAGAGACGUUUGUUAACGCGUUAGUUCCUCGCUUAAUAAACGAGAUGGUGUCGCGACUGAUGCGAAGUGAACGACAACCAGACGAAACGGACGCACGAGUUCUCGUCGGGAGAACCACAUUCCAAGCGUCGUUUUCGUCAGCGCGAAAAAAUGGCGAGACAAAGACUGAAGAAAGGAAAGAAAGACGCAAAAUCAAACGACGCCAUCUCGGAAAUGUUAAUCGUGAAGGUCAUGAGAUGCAAAGUAAAAAACAUUGACCACAUUAUGUGCCCGGUGUUGCGUGGGCGGUGAAGCCAUUAGGCCUCAAGCCCAGCUACAAUUUUUUCCAUGUCGUGAAGUACUUUGGGAAUGCCAGAAUAUUCUCGCUAGACGACUGCUGCGUCGACAUUUGUGAAAUUGCCUUGUUGAAACAAAAAAAUCUUUGUGCUCUUGCGAGCGUGAACAUGAAGUGCAUUAAAAUUUUAAAGCAAUAAUAUUGGCAAAUGUAUAGCAUAUAUGCAAUACCACAGUUAAAACAUCAGGUGCAAGUAUCUGAUGGCACUAAUUCUGUUCAUUUAUUUUUGAACACUGCCCGCUUCGAGUGGAUGACACUUUGUCCUAUUUCAUUCUGCGAUAUGUCGCGUUUCUCGCCAAAAUUGCACCGUGAGGAGUAUACGGAAAUUUUCGCAAGUUUUGGUGAUGUCUGUCGCUAAAAUUUUUUUAAUGCAACGAAUUCUUGCCUAAACAGUGCAGCAGUUGAUUACCGAGAGUAAUUUUGCAUUCCCCACGCGGUUCGAGAAAGAAAUCGACGUUGGGCAAGGCCCCCACUGUACGGAUCAGCAGGCCAGAACAGAGACAUAGACUCAAUUUAUCGUCGUCAAACCUUCGUUGUGUUUUUCUACACACGUGUGUGUGUGCCUGUGCGUGUGUGCGUGUUAUUACCAAGGUUGUAAUCUUUUUGUACAUAAUUUAGGCGAGGUGCAAAGUAUCGACAAAUCGUGUCGCAACGCAAAAGUAAAUAUACACAGUGGGUCUGUCCUCCCAUCUGUGACAUCAAAAAGGCAAACUCAAAUGUCUCAGUACACGAGGUGCGUGGAAUUCGCGAUUCUUGCAUUGAGGCAAGAUUUUGUUUUUGUAAAUCUUAAAAAUCCGGCACCGAGAAAACGUUACGCAGCAUGUUAAUAUGAAAUUCGAUUGAAGGAUUCUUUUAACACCUUGUGUAGAAAUGAAUUCAGACAGUGCCUUUUUGCCUAGACUGCGGUCAUGUAGCGUAUGUGCUCAAGUUUCGACGUCCUGUAGUCGCACUUGAAAUGUUGAUGGCAUCUUUCGAGGUGGUGUUCCUACGUGAUUUGAGUUUGUCUUUGCCAUUUUCUUGUCUCACAUCUUUGUCGAAUUGCCCAAGCCUCGGUUGUAUAGGCGCUCGAGAUUUUUUUUUCUUUGCUGCUGGUCUCAGGCUUUUUGUCGCACGUGCUGGUAACACUAACCCAAGCUGGUUUCUGUGCUUUUUUAUUUCAUUUUAGACAGUUGCAAAAACCAGCUUGUUUUGGGUGACGGAAGCUAUUUAGGUGAACAGCGCAAGCAAUACCACAUUUCUUCUCUUCCCAUCCCCCCCCCCCCCCACCUUAUUUUCCUUUUUUUUUUUCGAAAUGUACAUAAUAUAAGCGAGGGUGCAAGUCUUCUUGGUGUUGGUGCCCUCGGUGUAGUGUGAUGCGAGAAAUAAAAUAUGAAUGAAUACACUCA